GGAAGGACAACUUUUUGGAGUAUAGCCUAACACUCGUCAAGCUAUUGGAAGAAUAUGUAAAAUCGGGUAAUUGGAUCCAUUCAAAGCAGGGCCCCCGGAAAAGAAAAAAAAAUGUUUUACUAAAUUGAGCGAAAGAUUAUAUGAGAAGAAUAAGCUUGAAGAAGAAGGCAAUAUUUGGAUGUUUUAUGGCAUCAAACGACAUGGGUAUCAAUUUUUUGCAUUCCAACAACCUUAGUCAUGCCCAUUCCUAGGUUUAUGCUCUUUUCAUCCCACAAUCGCUCCACUGGGGCGGCCCUCGCUCUUCUUCGAAGGUGUGUUCCCUCUAGGACAACUCAAUCUGUUAGGUAUACAAAAUCUACAAGACACGGUAAAACAAAACAUGAUGUUCAUCCUGUACUCACUCCUGAAUCGAGCUCCACCUCGCAGGCUUCUCGCUCAUGGGGUGCUUAUGUUGCUCCAGCUGCUGUUCUAGGAUUUGCUGGGAUUGCAGCUUUUUUUCACUACAACGAUGAGAAGAGAGCUGUUCCCAAAGGUAAUCAGGGUAGUGGACCCAGAAAUGUUGUCAAUGGAUCAAUAAUUUGGGUUCCAUUUACACUAAUUAAUACAGAGAAACAAACAGUUACAGAACGUGAUUUUCUUGGGAAUUGGGUUCUCCUCUAUUUUGGCUAUACCUCAUCCCCCGAUCUAGGGCCAGAACAAGUUCAAAUUAUGGCCAAGACAAUCAAUAUAUUAGAAUCAAAACAGAAGCUUAAGAUUCUUCCAGUAUUUGUUACCAUUGAUCCUCAACGUGAUACUCCCUCACAACUUCGUGCAUACCUUGAAGAGUUUGACUCAAGAAUCAUAGGAUUAACCGGACCUGUUGCUGCUGUUAGGCAGAUGGCACAAGAAUAUCGUGUUUAUUUUAAAAAGGUAGAAGAGGAUGGCGGUGAUUAUCUUGUUGACUGUUCCCACAACAUGUAUUUGCUGAAUCCUAAAAUGGAGGUUAUGAGAUGCUUUGGAGUCGAGUAUAAUGCAGAGGAGUUAUCAGAAGCAAUACAAAAAGAACUGAACAGAAACCCCUCUUGAUGGUUUAGAUGCAGGCAUGAAGCCUGAUAUCACUUUCUACCCAUGUUUUCUGUUCUUCUAAUGGGAUCUCAGAAUCAUUUACAAUGUGACGAUUUAACUUUGACUUUGGAGGAAAGCAUUUAGCUUUUCUUUAUUUUCAUUUCGACUAACAAAAAGUUUAGGGGCAAUCUGAGUUUCAUUAUAGGUUUCGCGGACAGAUUUAUUUUUUUGGGAAACAUUUUAGAUGAAAAUUCUAUACCUGAAUGUUUUCAUAUCCACUUUCAUCUAACAAGCACUUUGUUUUUAUUUCA